UAGCUAUCUCCUUUUCAGUCUUUCUUCCGCGACCCAAAGCUAAUUCAAUGCUUUUAGGACUCGAGACUAUUAAAAAUAAGAAGAAAGUAAAAUAGAAUUUCCUGCAGAUUGGUUAGACAAAGUCAGGAGACUCGACGGAUUUCACAGCCAAAACGCCAAUUCCCCGCACUACACUUUUCUCGUCAAGUCGCCAUUAGGUUGGUUCGCACCUUCGCACCUUCGCACCUUCGCUCCUUCGCUCCUUUUAAGGUGUCUUCUCCGGAAUGUAACUCCUCCCAAACUUCAGUCUCGUAGAUCAGAUGGAUGAUGAUGCGUGGCUCCGGGGAAGUCUCCUGUCUAUUGGUCGGUAAGGUUAGAGAAGUUCUCUGCCCCCUUCUUAGAUAACGAGGCGCCUUAACCUUGUCGAUACCAGGUCCGAAAUUCUGGGGUUUUAAACAACAAAUCUUACUUGAGGUUACCCCGCAUAAUGCGACGGUGCUGUCCCGCUGUCCCAACAAUGUGGGAAAAUGUAAAUUUUUGGAGAGAGGUUAUAGGGCAUGAACUUUAAAAGGCACAUGAACGCAGGAUUGUUCAAUGGGAUGUAAGAUUGCAAACUUUCUUUCUGGGAUUUCGUGGGAGGCGUAUCUAUGUGCGUUUUAAAUAUUAUUAUAAGAUCUGGACGCAAUUCGUACCUAUAGACUCUAGGAUGGCUUUUACGACAGUGGGAAGUUCCUUAGCUUUUCCCCCUCAACUUUCUCAGGCGACGCUAAGUCCAAAGCCCAGCAAAAUCCUAUUAAACACCUCGGAGGAUGGCUGAAGAGGAAAGGUCUCAAUUCGCAAUUGUCAAAUGAAGUUGAGAGAAACAGCCUCCGGAUGCGCCAAUACGGUACCGAUCAAAUGAGGAUCUCUUCGAGAUGGGGUAAAUCCAUUGUUCCUCGCACCGCUUACCUAUCUGGGGUCUCAGAAUCAUACUUUAGCAAGGAUGAUAUGUAAUAAUAGUGACGCACCUGACGAACCAUUUGAUCCUGCAUCGGAAUAUAUGGGGAUUUGCAUGGCUUUUCGAAUAAGAAGACGAUUGUCCCCAACGCUUUCUGUUCCAGCGUUCCAGUGUUCCAGGCUUUUACCGUUGCUUCACUACAAAAGCAUUAUUAUUUUGCUGUACGCUGGCAGUCUCAAUACCUCUCUCCAUUAUCUUCACCCGAAUAACAUGGACCGAGAAGAAUUGACUCCUCCGAAUCACUCGGACAAUUCAAUGUCAGGCUCAAUGGAUAAAGAAUCCGGUCCGGCUGGGACUGGUACUGUAGACCACGUGGAGAUCGGUCGUACUGGUUCAGGAGUUCCAGGAAAUACACAUUACUACGAGAAGGAUGAAUUACAAACAUAUGCGAACGAGGAAGAUCAUAGCCAUGAACCACCGGUAGGCAUUGAAAUAUAUAUUUGAGAAUUCUUAGCUGAAAUGUGCUCAAUAGAUGACCAUGAAUCGAUUGAUGUCCUUGGUAGCAAUGGCUUUCUUAUGGACAGGCUCACAAAUACCAGUAUAUCUUUUUGGUGCGCUAUUCUGUUCCAUUGAGAGUACUAUUGAUCUAACGAAGUAUCUAGGAGGUAUACCACCAUAUAUUUAUAGAGAUUUGGGGGGAUCAGAUAGGUGGACUUGGUUUGUGUUGGCAAAUCUACUUGCUUUGGCAGCAGUGUGCCCAUUCGUAGGAGCUUUGUCGGAUCUGUUUGGAAGGCGGUAUAUUGCCAUGUUUGGUGCAGGCUUGAUUGUCAUUGGAAUGAUUAUUUGUUCCACGGCACAAUCUAUGAACGUCUUUAUCGGUAAGCUUAUUUCGUACUACUGAUGUCUUCACACAUACUAAUUUAUUACAAGGCGGUAUGGCUAUUGCUGGUGCUGGCGCUGGAGUAAACGAAUUAACAGCACUUGCUGCAACGUCCGAACUUGCGCCAACCGCGAAGCGAGGGAAAUAUGUGGCCGUACUAAUCUUCACCAUUCUUCCAUUCUGUCCAUCUGUUCUCUGGGCUCAAUUGAUCUCAUCACAUUCGAACUGGAGAUAUGUAGGACUGUUUUGUGGUCUUUGGGCAUUUGUUGGACUAGUCAUGACCACGAUAUUUUACUUUCCACCUCCUCGAGUAAACUCAAAUGGUCUCUCACGAAAAGAGGUUAUCUCUCAAAUCGACUUUGUCGGUGGGUUCCUCUCGAUUGCUGGUUUGAUUCUUUUUGUUGCUGGUCUUCUGUGGGGUGGAUAUCAGGUAAGUAAUCUUAUUACCAGUCUAUCUUAAACUACUCACUAACAAAAUCUAGUAUCCGUGGGGAUCUGCGCAUGUACUUGCCCCGCUUAUCCUUGGUGGUAUAUUCAUCAUUGCCUUCUGUUUCUGGGAAGUAUAUGGCGCCAAAAAUCCCAUGUUUCCCUCGCGACUCCGAAAAGAACCCCGUAUCUUAGCUCUCACCCUCGUCAUCACCUUUAUCUCGGGUGCGAACUUCUUCUCUGUUUUGCUCUUUUGGCCCACACAAGCAUUCAAUGUUUACGGACAUGAUCCAGUUGGUGUCGGAAUUCGAGGUCUUCCUAUCGGCUUUACCAUUCUCAUCGGCGCUUGCAUUGUUCUUUGGCUCUUGUCGGCCUUCCGUGGAGGCAUCCGCAUGCUCAUGGUUAUCUCAUCCUGCAUGAUGACUGCAGGGUGCGGUGCCCUUGCCGCUGCGGACCGCAAUAAUAUUAACACUGUGUAUGGUAUCCUCGUCAUAGCGGGCCUUGGAAUUGGUGGCAUUGUCGGUACGUAAUCAGACUUCACUCUUCUUAACAUCCAAUUCUGUUCCCUGACCCCCCAGCACCCCUGCUGUUUUUCCUCACAUGCACCCCUUUUACUUUCUAAAGAUUCCUCGGUCUUCUGAGUAAAGUAAAAUUACUGACUUCCCGAUGUAAUUCAGUCCCCGCCUCAAUCAUCACAACCAUCAUCUGUCCCGACGACCUAAUCGCCACAAUCGCAGCACUCACCCUCGCCAUCCGAGUAGUCGGUGGAGCCAUCGGCUACACAACCUACUACAACGUCUUCCUCAACAAAUUCGUGCCCGAACUAUCCUCCCGAAUCGGACUCGCCUGCUUUAAAAAUGGCAUCGUCGACAUAAAAACCAUCACGCAUAUUGCGACUUUGACGAGCGAAAGUCUCCUAGAUGAUAUCUUACCGCUUGUCAAUAACAAUGUUACGAUUUGGAAUGAGGUUGUGCUUGCAGGUCAAGAGGCUUAUGCUGCUGCUUAUCCGUGGGUUUAUUAUGUUAGUAUUGCUUUUGGGGCGGUUUCUAUUUUGGCUAGUUUUGGCUUGGGGGAUAUUAGUAAGUAUAUGGAUGAUCAUGUUGCGGUUGUUCUUCAUUGAUUUUCUUUUUUUUUCUCCUUUUUUUUGGGUUGAUGUGGAGGAGAGGUACUUGGGCUUGGUUGAAUGGAUGGGGAAGAGUUGGGUGAAUGGUGGGUGUGUUAGGUUUUAGAUUAGAUGGUGAGGUUGUUGAUGAAUAUAUCGAUGUGG